AUGGAAGCCAACCAUCAAAGACUUUUUAGACUGCCCUUCAAGCUGCCCAAUUCUGCGCAAUCCAGGUCCAUAGGAGUGUAUUUUUCAGGCGCGCUUUACGCUAUCGGAGCGUGGUGUUUCUUGGACGCAGCAAUUUACUCCAGAAAGGCCAACGGAUCCUCUGUGCAUGUUACUUUCAUUGACUGGAUACCAUUUAUUUGCAGCACUUUGGGGAUGAUCGUGGUGAAUUCGAUCGAAAAGAAUAGACUCAUACAAGACGCGAUGGGAUCAGGCUCAUUCAGUGGCUCCUCUUCUAUGGCCUGGCAAGCGCGUGUGAUUCUGUUUCUCGGUUUUGCGUUGCUAGCUGGUGGUAUUUCCGGAUCUAUCGUGGUGCUUAUACUCAAAUUUCUCGUUAAAGAUUUCAAGUCUUAUCCCACUCUCGGAAUGGGUGUGAACAACGUUGUGGGGAAUUUCUGCAUAACUUUGAGCUGUGUGGUUCUGUGGAUAGCCCAAAAUGUGGAGGACGAAUAUUCCUAUUCUUUGACCCUUUAA